AUGGACUAUAUUGUCUGUAUAAUGCUUAAUAUCUUAUUUGCAAUGUUGGUUGUUGUACCUGAAUGUUCUCCCGAGCUGAAGCCUGUUCUAGGUCAGAAAUUCCAAUCCUUGGAAUUCGCUUUCACUUUUUACGAUGUAUAUGCCCGCACAGUUGGCUUUGAAACGCGCAAACAAGCUAUGAGGAAGGUUGAUGAUGCCACGACCUGGUAUCAAGUUGUAUGCAAUAGGGAAGGAAGGAAGAAGGGUGAUGAAGAUGACCAGUUGAAUGUCCGUUCUGGUUUCACUAUCAAGCGUAGGAAGUUAUCUAAGCGGUGUGGUUGUACGACUAGUAUAUCGUUCAGGUGUUUCUCGGAAGAUUGCUUGUCAGGUUGCAUAAUUCAGGAGUUCAACGAGAUUUAUAACCAUCACAUGGUUGAGACGGAACAUCAGCAAUUCAUGUCAAGUAAUCGCAAGUUGGAUGAUGUACAUCAUAAAUUCAUCCUCGACUGUUCCAGGGCUAAUAUAGGCCCCACGCUUACAUUUAAGGUACUGAAGGAAAUUCUUGGUGGGUUUGACCUAGUUGGUUGCACUGUUGGGGAUAUCAGGAAUGCCUCACGGGACAUCAAAGCAUAUGCACAAGGAUUUAAUGUACAAAUGGUGUUGGAUGAUAUGGCUAAGAAGAUAGAGAUGUCUGAGGUGUUCACCUAUCACUAUGAAGUUAACGAAUCUGACCAGUUGGUACUGCAUGAUCUCACUCCUUUCACUGGAAAGGAUAAUCAUGGUAGUCCUGUGACAUUUGCGGCCGGGUUGGUGUGCAGCGAGAAAACAGGGGCAUUUGCUUGGUUGUUCAGACAUUUUGUAGAUUGUAUGGGUGUAGCACCCAGGAUGAUUGUGACCGAUCAAGAUUUGGGUAUGAGAUCAGCGAUUGAAGAGGUCCUAGUCGGCACACGUCACCGUUGGUGUAUGUGGCAUAUAAUGCAUAAGUUGGCUGUCAAGGUACCAAACAGAUUGUUGCGGGACGAUGAUUUCAAAAAGGAAUUUAACGUUUGUGUCUGGUCAGACCUAGUAGAGCCGGACGAAUUCGAGGAGGAGUGGAAUAGAUUGGUCGAACAUCAUAAGCUAGAGAACAUCGACUGGUUCAACACAUUAGAAAGUUUCUACAAAAAUUUUCUGAAGCCCCGAGCUAACAUAGCUAAAUUCUACUUGAAUUUCAAUCACGCCAUAGAAUUCCAGCGGAACAGUAGAACAGCUUUGGACUACCACGAUGCCACUGCCAUACCCAUACUAGCAACUACUCUGCUGUUCGAGAAACAUGCUUCCACGUUGUUUACCGACAGUAUGUUCAAGAAAAUACAAGAAGAAAUUGUGGAGGGUAAUGACAGAUGUCGUGUGCUGGGUUUUAUGUCCGGAGAAACGGUUGACACAUACAACCUUGGGGAUAGCAAGCGCAAUACAUAUGUUGUCCGUCAUGAGAAGUCUGAUGAUACUUACUCGUGCGAAUGCAAACUAUUUGGGAGGCAUGGUUAUUUGUGCAGCCAUAUAUUUUUCUUGUUUCGGAACAAUGAGGUGAAAAAAAUCCCGGAUAAAUACUGUGAAAGCCGAUGGAUGAAGACUCCCUUAGCCAAGGUUGUACAUGGGGAGUUUCAGGAUCCCCUGCUUACCAAUUCCUCCGUUGACGAUAGGCAAACUGUGUCUAAGCAGACGAUUUUGAUGUUUUAUGGGUUUCUUAGACGAUUUGAUACUGACAUCGAGGUGUUACGUGCAUUCGUAGGUGGCGUCGAAGAACUUGGUCACUCUCUUCAAACUGGUACUCCGUCAACCUCAGCCGCUGAGAAGAGGCGUAUGGUAGAGGAGUUUUAUGGAAUGGUAAGGCCUGAAUCUGUUGAGGUUCAUCCUUCGGAUGUCGUGAAGACGAAGGGUCACGCAAGCAGCUCGGCGAGCCGUCUGAUUUCAAAGAGAGAAAAGGCUAUAAAGGAUGCGACAAUGCCUCUUAGACGGUGUAAGGCGUGCGAUGAAUUGGGUCAUCACGACUCCAGAAACUGUCCCGUCCUUAAAGAGAUGAAUACGGAGACAGAUGCGCGGAAGGGGAAAAAUCCAGCUUGA